AUGAGCUGCUGCCUGGCGGAAGCCCCCGCAAGCAGGGGAUUUCUGCCUCUCAACUCUCUCUCUCUCUCUCUCUCAGCAAGUAAACUCGUAUUCAAACCUGAGGGCCGCAGGCUCGCUCCGGAGUCGGGAUCGGGGAUGGGGGGCUGCUUCUCCGGCGACGUGCGCGGCGGCACGGAGGCCAUCGGCGGGGGCGCGAGCGGGGCGGCGGCGGGGCAGGGCCAGGGCGGGCCCAACGAGGCGCUCGACCACUUCCUCCAGGGCCACGGGCUGCGCGGCCUCUACACCCCUCUCGAGCUAUCUUUUUCAGCUUCCAAGUUGAGAGAUAUGGAUGCUCUUUCUAAGAGUGAUCCUAUGUUGGUGGUUUACACAAAAAUGGAUGGAAGGCUAGAAGAGAUUGGCCGCACUGAAGUGAUAUUGAAUUCACUGAAACCAUUGUGGAUCACAAAAACUAUGAUAAAUUACCAAUUUGAGAUUGUGCAACCCCUCGUAUUCAGGAUAUAUGACAUUGACACAAAGUACCAUAACACACCAGUGAAGAUGUUGAACUUGGCUCAGCAAGAUUUUCUAGGGGAAGCAUUCUGCAAUUUAUCCGAGAUAGUCACAAAGUUCAACCAUAGCCUAACUUUGAACCUUCGAAAUGGUUCUGGACAUGCCCUUCAGGGCACAAUGAUAGUACACGCUGAAGAAACUGCUUCAUCAAGGAUGGCAGUUGAGAUGACAUUCCACUGCCUGAACCUUGAUAACAAGGACACCUUCUCCAAAAGUGAUCCCUUCUUGAGAGUAUCAAGACUGUCAGAAAGUGCUGUUGCCAUUCCUAUAUGUAAAACAGAAGUGAUCAAUAACAACUUAAACCCUGUUUGGAGGCCUAUAACACUGACAUCACAACAAUACAGUAGCAGGGAUGACCCACUGCUAGUUGAGUGUUUUGAUUUUGAUGCCAGUGGCGACCAUGAACUUAUGGGGGCUCUCCAGACAACUAUCGCUCAGCUUGAAAAUCUAUAUAAGUCAAAGGCUGGAGCAAAUUUUUACAGCCGUAAGGGACAAAAGAAGUUGAAAGGACAGUUGUUCUUGGAUACGUUCCAGGAAAAAGUUCAACAUACUUUCUUGGACUAUAUUUCCAGCGGGUUUGAGCUCAAUUUUAUGGUAGCUGUAGAUUUUACUGCAUCAAAUGGCGACCCUCGUACACCACAAUCUUUGCACUACAUUGACCCCUCUGGCAGACUAAACUCAUACCAGCAGGCAAUUCUAGGGGUAAGCGAAGUUCUGCAGUUUUAUGACAAAGAUAGACGAUUUCCUGCAUGGGGUUUUGGUGCAAGGACACCACAAGGAUCUGUAUCCCACUGUUUCAACUUGAAUGCAAGUACCAAUGACUGUGAGGUUGUUGGAUUUGAAGGCAUCAUGUCAGCAUACUCUUCUACUCUGUACAGUGUUUCUCUGUCAGGGCCAACCUUGUUUGGGCCCGUGAUCAACAAAGCUGCAGAAAUUGCCAGCCAUUCUGCGCAAUACGGGAACAACAGAUAUUUUGUCCUGCUCAUUAUCACGGAUGGAGUUAUCACCGACGAGCAAGAAACAAAGGAUUCUAUUGUAAGGGCAUCAGAUUUGCCGUUGUCGAUUCUCAUCGUGGGAGUCGGGGGUGCUGACUUCACUCAAAUGAGGACUCUGGAUGCGGACUUGGGUAAGCGCCUUCAAAGCUCGACAGGCAGGGUGGCGACGCGUGACAUCGUCCAGUUUGUCCCCAUGAGGGAAGUCCAAGCAGGUGGGCAGGUCACCGUUGUCCAGAGCCUGCUGGAGGAGCUGCCUGGGCAGUUCCUGGAAUACAUGCGCACCCGGGGCAUCAUGCCGCGACCACCCCAGCACGCCUCGGCGCCGCCAGCGUACCCCCCUCCCCCUCCCCAGCUGUGA